AUGUCAACUGAAACGAAAUAUUCAAGGAUAAAAAUAAAUUUCUUUGAUCCUAUUCUUUCUGCCAAUUCUUAUAUUGGUAAUGUCAAAGAAAAUGAGCGUACUGUUCAAAUUCAGCCUCGUUUAUAUGCAACUGAUGCUGAUCCAUCGAAUUCUUUAAAUGGUAAAAUUUGUGGGUAUGAAUUAUCAUGGCAUAAACAUGAUGAUAUUGUUGGCGACAUAACACAAAGUAUUCCAUUUAUUGUUGAUCUUGUUGAUAAUCAACCUAUUCUUAAACUUAAACCAAAUAUUGAUACUCUCGAUUGUGAAAUACAACAAACGCAUCGUAUGUAUAUACGUGCGUACGAUUGUGCACCUUUAGACAAGCGUCGUUACUCAGAAAGAUCAUCGUUAAUAGUUACUGUUGAUGAUGUUAAUGAAUAUGCACCAAUAUUUACACAUAAUCAUUAUCUAUUCAAAUUACAUGAAAACCAAACGUGCGAUUCUUCAUCAUGUCGCGUGGAAGCAACCGAUGAUGAUUGUGCUAAUCCAGAUCAUCGUGUAUGUAAUUAUGAAAUAAUAACACCAAAUGUACCUUUUUCUAUUAAUUCACAUGGUAUAAUAUCGACAACAUCAACAUUAAAUAGCGAUCAAUAUGAAUUUGAUGUUAUUGCUAUUGAUUGUUUUCUAUCAAAGGAUAAUUCAAGAAUGAUUAGUCAACCAACUCGAGUUACUUUUAAAAUCAUUAAAUCAUGCACACCAAUUAUUACCGAUAAUGCUGCAUCAUCAAAAUUAAGUAUUCAAUCAGAUCAUAUUCAUCUAUUUGAUACUAUUAAUGUUGAUACAUGUGAUGAAACAUGUAAUGUUCAAGAUAUUGUUGGUACAGUUGAACUUGAUACACAUGAAUUGGAUAGUGGUUGUAAUCUUGAUCAAUGUUCCACAAUUAAUCGUGAAUAUAUUUUAUUACCAAAAGAUGAUCAUUCAAAUGAAAUUCCUCAAACAAAAAUAACAUCAUUUAAUGGUCAUAAUCAAGUAUUAAUUGUUAAUCAAACAGAAUUUUCAGGUCAUUUCAAUGAUGAAUUUAUUAUACGUAUGUGGAUGAAAUAUACAAAUGAUAAUAAAAAUAAUAAUGAUAAAGAACAUAUAUUUUGUAAAAGUGAUAAAAAAUUAAAAAAUCGUCAUCAUACUGCUCUAUUUAUUCAAAAUAAUUAUUUAAAAUUAUUAUUACGUAAAGGACCAUUAUCAUCAAAUCUUCAUACAACAUAUGCAUCUGAAUGGAUAUGGAAAAUUCCACAACUAAAUGAUAAUCAAUGGCAUUCAUAUAAAUUUAUUGUUAAUUAUCCAACUAAAAUUGAUUUAUAUAUUGAUGGAAGGUUAUUUGUUUUAACAAAUGAUAAUUUUCGAGUUAUCGAUGAAAUUCCAUUAUCAGUUAUUGAAGGAACAGAAGAUACAAUGUUUGUAUUAGGAGCUUGUUGGCAUGCACGAGCAUCUCGUUUAGUUCAACAUUUUCAUGGUCAAUUAUCUGGUCUUAUAAUUGAACAGAACGAAGAAUUACAACGAUCAUCUAAUUGUAUUCGAGAAUGUCAUCAAUAUCUUGAUAUUCCUGAUGUUCAAUCUAAACCAAAUGUUGAAUUUAUUAGUAAUUCUAAUCGAUCAAUGUGGAUAUUACGUACAGAUACAGCUAAAUCAUAUGAAGAUUUAUUAAAACAUAUUGUUUAUCGUAAUACAUUUGAACCUAUUGGUCCAUAUGGUCAACGAAAAAUAAUAAUUCGUACAGGAGUUAAAUGUUUAGGAGAAGUUAAUACACAUGAUUUACCAAUAUUUACACGUUAUAUAUCAAUUGAUGAACCAAAAAUUCCAAUUAAAAUUGAACUUAAAGCUGAUACAAAUUAUAUAGUACCAGAAGAUGCUAUUAAUCGUGGUAUUUAUCUAUUUCGAACUUUAUCAAUUUAUACCAAUGCAAUGAAAAAAAGUCAAGGUGAUAUUAGUGAUUGUACUUUAAUAACACAACCAUCUUUAUCAAAUACUGAACAAAUUAUUGUACCACAAGUUUCAAAUCUUAAAAAACAGGUGUCAAAUGAAGGUGUCAUGAUUUCAGGCAUUGAAUCUAUUGAUGCUUAUCAAAGUUUACUUCGACAAAUCGCGUAUAUAUCACGAACACCAAUAACAUAUGUUGAUCGAACAUUUACACUUUCAUGUGUUGGUUUAUAUGAUAAAGUAUUUACAAAUGAAAUUCGUGUUCGAGUUCGUAUAGAAAAACAGAUGGUUCCAUCAGCUCCAGUUGCUGCCGUUCUAUCAAAUAAAUUAGUUGUAGAUAAUGAUCAAACAAGAGAUAAUAUAUUUAAUGUUAAUGAGGAAGAAUCUCGAAUGCAACAAAAUAAGUCAGGCUGGCCAAUUGCUGUAGUUGUUUGUGUUUCAAUUGGUCUUGCUGGUGUACUUGUACUUUAUCUUAUUGUACGUAUUCGUACAAGUAAUCGACAACAUAAUCCAAAUACAAAUACCGGCGAUGAUAUACAUUCACAAAUGGAAUGGGAAGAUGAUAUUGGACUUAAUAUUACUGUUAAUCCAUUAGAUGAAACAAAAAAACCUGUUCAAUCAAUAAAUAUGCAUAACAUAGAACAAAGAAUGAAUGAAUAUUCAGGUUCAAGUUCGGAUGAUGAAGGUGAAGAAUAUGAAAAUGAUAAUAAUAAUCCUAAUCAAUAUUCAUCUGAAGAUGAUGAUGGUUAUGAAAAUAAUCAAAUACAUCCAAAAAAACAUAAACAUCAAUUAGAAUGGGAUGAUGCAGCUAUUGAAUAUGGACCCAAAAAAGUUUGA